AAAACAAUGUCUCCAUUUUCUGGGUUUUUGUCAUUUUUCACACAAAAUAACAAGGGCGGAUAGACUGUUCGUUUCUUGCCUUAGAAAACUCAGCCCUGCAUUUCUGGAUUAGACCCCUCAGAUCUGUUGCUGUUCACUUGUUUUAUUUUCUUUUUAGCCAACAUUCUCAAAUCACGGGUACUGUUCCGCUGAAAAUUCAGGCUCGGUCUCGGAUUGAAGGUUGCUUCUGGAUUUUGUGAGGGGCGUUCGCCUUCGUGAAGUGAAGACAGAAGCUUUUACUGUCAAGGAUCACAGGGGUGAAUCUGAAGGGAUGGUCAAGCAAGCAGUAUCCUUGUUAAUGAUAAAUUUGAAGUGAAACUUGGAAGCCUGAGUGAAAUUCUUAUCUCUGAUUUCCUUUUCUCUGGUAUGUUGAUAGGGCAUUUGGUUUACAUUUUUGGUGUUUCUUUUCUUCUCACACUGAAUUGUUAUGGUUUAGAGAUAUUUAGCUUAGCUUUUCUAGCAUGCUUCCCCAAAGACUAAUAUAUUUUUGGGUUCUAGGUAAUGUUAUUAUCUCAUUUUCCACAAAAAGGGGAAGUUUUCUGAAGUUUUCAACCAAUGGCAAACUGAAAUGUGAGCUCUGCUAAAAAAAUUUUUUUUUAGCUUUUUAACAGGAAUGGUGUUAAUUUAAUGAAUUUGGUUGAGAAUUAAUGAAGGAAAAAGCCUUUAUUCUAAAGUAGCACAUCUACCAUGCAAAGAAUGCAAGGACCCUGUGCAUAUUUGGGUAUAGGAAAAACCCUGGUGAUCCCAAGGCCGCUGAAAAUUUUUUUGGUAAGUUAUCAAGUUUAAGUCCCCAAAAUGGUAAAUCUUACCAAUUGACACUGAGUUUGGUAACAAAUUUUUUCCUUUUAAAAAUAUAUUAUCAUUUAUUUGAAGGGUGUUGUUGCUCAUUGUUUGAGGUUUCAAAGAACAAUUUUGUCGUGCAUAUGCUGCUCUAGGGUUCUAAAUUUGCUAGCUUUAUUGGAGACAAUACUCUGUGCAACCUUUGUUUGUCUGAUUGUUAUGAAAGCUAUGAUAGUAGUCAUUUUUAAUUUUUUAAUUUUUCCCUUUUCUUUUUUCCAUGAUUAAUCUAAUAUGGGUUCAAAAUUGGGAUUUGGAAGUGGUUUGUAUCUUCAUUUGGCAGCCUAAGGAGGCAAAUGCGUAUUGGGUUGAAUAUCUAUGAGAAAUUGUGUGGUUUCAGUCAGUACCCAGCAAACAAUUUCAAGUAGGAAAAUUCAGUGUUCUGUUUUGAAUGGUAUCCUGAUUUACUUGUGUUGCUGUCUUGAAUGCUGCAGUGAUUGUGAAUAAGCUGAGUACAUUUGAUGUUGGAGGUUUCAAAAACCCCUUUUAUAUGUUAGUUUACUGCUAUUAUUGGUAGCGUGUUCUUUACAUUACUGUUAAUAUUAGUAAUAUGCUCCCUACAACAUCCUGCAUAAUUUUCAGGAGCCCAUGGGGAAAUCCCAUUUAGAAAGUUAUGGAAAAGAAUUAGAACUUUGAAUAUCUCUUUUCUUAUUCUUGGAAGUAAUUGAUUGUUGAUUUAAGUGAUUUUACACAUUUCAUUUUGUGUGCUUUAUUUAGAAUUGCCUUUUUCCCUUUU